AUGGCAAUGCAAUAUUCGACCCAAACUUACUUCCCGUAUGGGCAACCUCAGUGGUCUGAGGACGUCAAACCCGCGCUCACCGAAGACGAUUCCUCCUCCAUCCUUGACGGCAAGGUCUUUGAAUCCUCGACCCCCGCCGACAUGACAGCUUCCGAUGCCUCUGACAAUCGACGUUCUUCAGUCACCAAGCUGGAGGACGACUAUCCUGCAUCUGCUCAUGUCUGGCAGGAGAGACCCCAUGGUGUCAUGGGCCCCGUCCGCCAUUAUUCGCAGUCCUCGCUCCCAAUGUCAUCCCCCAAUGGCCAGUUCUUCAGCCAGAUGAACGCUGCAAACUGCGGUCCCGGCUUUAUGCCAAACCAACAGUGGGCCAUGUCGGGGCGCUCUGAAGCGAAUACUCCUACCGCCUUCUUUGGUCCGGUACAAGAGCCAUUUGAGCAGCAGGUUCAAUAUACCGGAGGGCCUGUCACCUUUUCGGGCUUCGCGCAGCAAGAUCCCGCCUCUGCCGUCUCCAUGUCGCCGCAGUCCAGCCAAGGCGGGUGGGCUUCGACUACUUCUUCAGACGCUACCGAGACGAAUCGCAUUCUCCGACACAGAUACAGAGCUGCGUCCCCGUUGUUGGUAUUGAGGUCCGACGGUAUCAGAAAGAAGAAUGCCAAAUUCGAGAUUCCUCCCGAACGGAAUAUCAACACCAUUGACGCCUUGAUCAACCAAGCCACAAACGAGGAAGAGAAGAAGGAGCUCAAACAGCAGAAACGGUUGCUGCGAAAUCGUCAAGCAGCGCUGGAUUCUCGCAUGCGCAAAAAGCAAAAUGCCGAGAAGCUGGAAGCGGACAAGAAGCUCCUGAUCAGGGAGAAGAGCGAUCUCGAGGACGCCCUAGGUCACUUCGAGAACGUCCUCAACCAUGAAAGACAACAAUGGUCGCUUGAUCGUCAGCGGCUCGAGGAGUGCAUUGCGGACCUGAAGUACCAGAACGAGGAGCUCAUCCGGACGUCGACUCUAGAGACCGGCGAGCUUCGACGAAUGAACACCAUCUUGAGGGACAGCUUCAGGGAACUGGAACGCAAUCAACAUGCUCGUGCCUUCUCCACUAACGCAUCAGACGCCUUCUCCAACGACUUUUCGAGUUUCAAGGAUCUCGGCUUGGAGGACCAGUGGAACGACGAGUUCGGCCUCAUGAGCAACGAAGACUUGAAAAUGGAAGAAUCAGAUGCUCUGCAGCGACAAGCCACUCCCCGACCGACUACUUCUACGGCCCAGCCUAAUACUACCAUGAAAUCUGAUGUCAAGGUCGACGCUACCUUCAGCUGGGAGACGUUUUACAUGUGCUUACUGUCCGGUGCCUUCAUCAUGUCGCAGGCCGGUUCAAGAGCAGCGAGUGCAGCCUCUUCUGUUGCGGUCGUGGCACCCAACAUGCCUGCUCUAUCCGACGAAUAUCGUGCUGAGGCUGGCAACGUCCUCCAGGCGGUGCUUGCUUCGGGUCCCGAGGUUACCCAUGAAGUCCUCCCUAGGCGGCCCGCACCCUCGCUGGACAGCAACGGCUUUCCCCACGCACUCUCUGACAUGACCCCUCAGCCUUCCGAUACUCCACUCGGCAAUCUCCACGCCUCCCUCACCACGCCAUCUCGCCAGCAACAAGCUGCCGCCGCAUUCUCCCUCUCUGCCGCCUCCUACAACCACAUUAGUAGCCCUGACUGCGCCUUCGACGAUGAUGAUGACGUGGUUGAGGUAAAACCCACGCGGCUGCAACAGCUGUUUGCAGAUAUGAAAGCCGAGAGGGAUGGGCUCGAGAAAAUGAGUGGCCUGGCCGGGAAAGCCCGCGAACGGAGUGUGCUCCUCGACCGCGUCCCGGAGAAAGUCCUUCGAGAUUUCCGAGAAAUGAUUGCCAGGGUCGAGUAA